GCAAUUUGUCCUCAAGCGCGAGCGUGUUGAAGAAAGGAAAAGGCUUAUGAGCGCUCAAUAUCGCGCUAUUCGUAAGCUAUUAGUUUUAUUUUACUUGCAGUUCAGUCUAAAGUGCAUUCCAUUACAUAAUCACAUCGUUGCUCACUGAAACCAAAAGUAAAUGAUUUACAUUGCUUGCAAACGCGAUUGUCGCUAUCCGCUGAUGUACACACAUCGGCCGCGUUCGUACAUUCUAUCCUAGCCUCUUUCAAAAUAUUGCACCUGCUUCGCACUUGCGCACAAUUAGUAGCGCUGUCUUAUGCUGCUUAUGCGGCCACUUUGCUGCAGGUGAUUAAUGGACUUUUUGGUAAAUGAUAUACAGAAGCGUAUUAGCAGUGCUCACCAAUUAUGAGCUAGGCCAGUAAUUAAAUGUGCAGAAUAAACGCACGAAGAGAGUGGAUUCCGCGCACAGAAACCCCGUAACGCAGCUGCAAAAACAGUGGCAAAAGGCAAAAGCCAAGCAGUAGAUCAUCAUAAUGAAGUGAAAAAUAGUAUACUUUUAAAUUAAAGCUAAUACAAAGUUAGCAAAUUACUAACAAACAAACCAAAAAGAAAAAACAGAAAAAACGCUACCAGAAGAAAAGUACUUUUCGCAAGGCAUGCGCAAAUUUUACCAGUCAACAUUGAGUGGCGCAUUCAGCACCGCCGCAUUAUCGUUUCGUUUGCCUUGCUGUGUGAAAGUGGAAAUUCCGCGCGUGUGCACCAAAUCCGCAUCCAGCUCCUGAGCCGCAACACUCGAACUCUAGUGGCACAAUCGUCGUGUUCAUAAAAUUCAUAUGCGAUUUGUUGUUGUAUAAAUAAGGACUGUUUUGACACCGAAUCGCCAUUGAAUGGUAAUACGCGAAAAAUUUUUAAUGGACUGUUAAGUGCGCCUAGACACCUGUUCAAGUGUAAAUAAAUGACUUUGUGAACGGCAAACGCGACCGUGUGCAGAUGCGGAAAUGCUGCACAUAUUCAAGAUUUCGCAACCACAAAUACUAGCGCUGAGCUGUCCAUGCAACAAUCUAUAAAUAAUGUGAUUAAACAUGUUUUUUCUGCCUCGCUUAUUGUUGUUGUGCCUAAUUAUAUUUGUAGCAACAGCAGCAACAACAACCCAAAAUUUCAAACAUCGUCAAUUCAGUGCAGGUUGUGGCUCGCGCUCCAGUCGACGCGAACCACGCACAACAGCAGCAACAGCAAAUUCAGAAUCUGCGGCAAAGAAAACACAACAAAAUCAGCAAACUGAUAGAACACCUCGCAUAAUAGCUGGUUCACCCACAAAGGAUGGCCAAUAUCCAUGGCAAGCGUCGCUGGAGCUUUUACAUCCAUCAAUGGGGUUUUUAGGCCAUUGGUGCGGCGGCGUUCUUAUUCAUCCGUAUUGGAUACUUUCCGCAGCGCAUUGCAUACAUAAUGAUCUCUUCAAUCUACCCAUUCCGCUGCUGUGGACUGUCGUGCUAGGUGAACACAAUCGACUCGAAGAGUCUGGCUAUGAACAACGUAUUCCAGUCGAUAAGAUCAUUUUACAUAAACGUUACCGCAACUUUCGUCACGAUCUCGCGCUCAUGAAGCUCUCCACUCAAGCCAAUUUGGGCAAAAACUCCAACAUCCGCAUCAUCUGCCUGCCCUUCGUGUACAAUGAGCAGUCGCUGUCGGAUGUCGAUUUGCCCAGCAGUGAUGAAGAGAUCAUUGCCGAAGGUGAAACAGAUGAUCCCUUAGAACCGGGACUCUCCGGUGUGCCCGACUUGAGUGACAAUUUCCUUCGAAGCGUGCAAAAAGUGCGACGUAAUCGAAAUGUAACUCUACCCAGCAUGCGCGAGCUAAUGAACACGAAAAUACUAAGUCGACUAAAACAAACAGACACGCAGAGACACGGGCGUGCAUUACGCAUGACACGGCGGCGAAAUGACAAACUGAUGAAGGUUCAGGGGAAUUACCGGGACUAUGAGGGCCUUCUAGACCCGCGUAAGCACUACUUGAAGAAUGAAGAAGAUAUGGACGACUACAAGGAGUUGCCAUACAGUGAUUGUGUGGCGACGGGUUGGGGCAAAUCGAAUGUGAGCAGUGAUUUAACGAAUGUUCUGUUAAGGACGCGAGUGCCAUUGCACAACAGUGAGAGAUGUCGCGCGGCCUAUGGCAGUUUCGUGAAGAUUCACCGUGGCCAUUUAUGCGCUGGCAAGUUAAAUGGCAAAGGCGGUACUUGUGUGGGUGAUUCAGGCGGGCCGCUGCAAUGCAGACUCAGCAAGAGUGGCUCAUGGCUAUUGGCCGGCAUUACUUCGUUCGGCUCAGGUUGCGCCAUGGAGGGAUUCCCUGAUGUCUAUGUGCGCAUUUCGUACUACAUGAAAUGGAUUCAAGACACAAUAGCAAACGAAUAACCAAGAGCAUACAAAAAUGUCUAUGUAUUUGUUGAUGUAAAUAGUACUCGUACAGCUCAGUAUGUAGCUAUUAAUGUAAAGCGAAGCAAAACAAAACAGGGAAAAGUACAAUAAUAUAAUUGUAAUAAUAUUUUUAAAUUACAUUUAUUUGUAAGCUUACUAAA